GACGCCAUUGGCCAGGGAGGAUAUGUCUGUGAUAUCCAACCUACAUCCAGGUGUGCUUACACUGCAUUAGGCCCGCCAUGCACAGCAGAAAACACGCCGACAUGCAUGCCAUAUCUUGGUUCUGCAUAUACCACGUCCAGGCGUGCAGAUGCAACCCCCUCCUCACCCUCGCCCUCGCCAUGAUGGGUGUGGAGAGGCUGAGAUGCCCGGCGCGCCCUCUGGCCCUCCAAGUCAGCCACUUGGGCACUUGGGCCCUCAGCUGUCGAGACGGCUUCCAACCUUGUUGCCCGCCCAUUCGUUCGCGUCGCGUAUCAGACCAACUAGGCCCCCGCAUAAUCACCUUGGGGCUGACGGCUGCUGAUGCUCGUCAGGCCACUUAUCAGAGCGCCGGCCGACAGUAAGCCGCCAGCUCGACACUGAGACUGGCCUCCUCCCCCCUCCCGGAAGACCUUCCGCUCGUGUCCUUGUCCCCGGGCCCUCUGCCAACCCGCCCUCGCGCCUCGGCUGCCUUGGCUGCGGACAGCAGCGGCCGGAGGCUUCGCCCACCUGAUGAGCGAGACCACCCCCCGGGCUCCGUUGCGCCGUGCGGCGCCGCUUGUCGCUUAGGGCCUCCACACCCAAGAUUACCCUCGUUUGCUUUUUCUCUCAUCAUCUCUUUCCGUGCGUCAGAUACGCCUUGCAACCACAAUCUCCCAGUCUCUAGCCACAUGUUCAACACCAUGGCUGGAGCUCUCCUGGUGACCUCCCCCUUCUCGAUCCGUGUUUGUUCCGUGUCAAGACUUUGCUCUCCGCGUGAACUGUAUCUCUUCUUCUCGUUUUUUGGAGGAGGGGGGCGGGGACGGGUCCGGUCCAUGUCGAUCCCGACUCACCGGCCUUUAAGGUUGAUUAAGUCUCACACUGGAGCCGCUGAGCUUGCUUCUCCCCAGACCCCUGAGGGGCAUACUACCAAGCCACCCUUGAUCUGCAUCUCAUACUAGGCUAGCGGUGGCUACAGAGAGCUACUAGUACGUGUAAUCCUUAGGACUUGUUGUCACUGAUAGACUUCCCUAUUUGGAUGUUACAGGCCUGAAGGGUAGCAUCGAGUAAGUACCAUCGUGGUUUUGAAGUGUCAUCCCGGGAGACUGGCCAUCUGCGAGACGGAUAAUCGGCAGAUCAAUUGGCAUCCAGAACCGACUUUCCGCACGCUGUGUACUAUGUGUCAUGGGGAUUGUUGCCAUGUUCGGGCCGGGACAGCCCCAGGACGACAUAGGCGCAUCGCAACAAGUGCAGGACUAUCGAUUGCACCCGGCCUCGCUUGUCAAGAUGAGACAGGGUGGGCCAGGCCCAUCCAGGGCCACAUGCUCGACGACUUACGGCCGCUCGCAUACUGAUACUGCCUGCCUGCGCUGGACUGACGGUCCGAUGGCGCCCUCAGAUGAUGAGCGCCCUCCCUUCUCAGCCUCGAAUCUCACCAUGCCUUACUAUGCUUCACCAUGCAUGCUAUACAGCCCCUGGGGAUAUCGGCUAGCUUUCCCUGACGCUCUGGGGACCAAGGUGUAGCAAGGGUACACACCUGAGUACCGCCACAUGGUUAACCACGUUGGACGAAAGCGGCAACCCAUGUGUCUAGCUGCACAACACGCUCAUCUGCCUGUCUGCUUAAAGAUCUUGUCUCGCUCCCUCUGGACUGCACAGAGGACGUCGUCUACCUGUCAGUGUCCUCUUGGUACUUGUUCACCCUUCGCUAUUGCGCCAGUCGUUCGUCCGUUUCCUGUGAGCUCAUCUGCCCGUCGUGGUUGGACGCGUCAACCCUGCUAUGAUGUAUUCUUCGAGCAGUCUUUUCCUGCUCCUGGGUUCGGUCAGCUUUGUGUGGGCCGCCACCGUUGAAGUCUACUGGGACAUCACCUGGGUCAACGCUGCGCCCGACGGAUACUCGCGGCCGGUCAUUGGCAUCAAUGGAGCAUGGCCAUGCCCCCUGCUGGAGGCCAACGUUGGCGAUACUGUCAUCGUCCACGUGGACAACAAGCUGGGGAAUGAGACGACUGGUAUACACUUCCAUGGAAUCAACCAGCUAGGAACGCCCGAGAUGGAUGGCCCUUCCUCUACGACACAAUGCUCCAUCCCUCCCGGCUCGUCGGUGACCUAUCAGUGGUUGGCCGAUGCACCAGGCACAUACUGGUACCACUCCCAUCAGAUGGGCCAGUAUCCCGAUGGCCUCAGGGGGCCAAUGGUUGUCCACGACCCUCAGGACCCAUACGCAGGCAAGGUCGACCAAGAGGUUAUCCUCACUUGCAGUGACUGGUACCACUCCCAGACCAUCCCUCUUGUGCAGGCUAUGCUUCAACCAAGUAAUACACAAUUCCGACCUCCGUUGCCAGACAGCAUCCUCGUCAAUGAAGGAGGCAGUACCCAAAUCCCAUUCGACAAAGGGAAGACCUACCGUUUCAGGAUGAUAAGCUUCUCAGCCUUUGGUGCCUGCCUGGUCCACUUCCAAAAUCACACAAUGCAGGUGAUAAUGCAGGAUGGGUCAUACGUGACCCAAGCCGAGGCCUCUCAGAUUUACCUGUCUCCUGGACAACGGUAUGACGUCCUGAUCUCGGCUGCCAACACCGACAGCAGCAACUACCCCUUCCUUUUCGCUCUUGAUGUGAACCCUGACUUCCGUGCCCCGGUCCUCGGCUUCCCCUACAACAAGACCGGAUACCUUGUCACGGACCCAUCCCAGAAUAGCACCUCUGUCGAUGUCGUCAACGUUUGGGAUCCUGUCGACAGCGUCGCCUUCACAAACCCCGCGGGGGAGGGCCCUCUCGGCCCCGUUGGGACCAGCAUCAAGCUCGAUGUCACAUUCUGCUUUGACAACAACAGCAUCCCGCGCUCGUGCUUGAACGGCCAGCCAUACGUGCCCCAGCGUGUGCCAACACUGUACUCUGCCGCCACCACCGGCGAGGACAACGCCAACCCCGCCGUCUAUGGCGCCGUCAAUCCGUUCAUCGCCACCGGAGGUGAGAUCAUCGAGAUAGUCCUCAACAACCUGGAUACCGGGAGCCACCCCUUCCACCUUCACGGCCACCAGUUCCAGGUCCUGGCGGCGCCGGCCUCCAACUCGGGUUCCUUCUCGGGGGACACGUCCAACUUCCCCGCAAAUCCUGCAUAUAAGGAUGUCUUCUUGGUUAAUGCCAAAUCACAUGCUGUGAUCCGCUUCAAGGCCGACAACCCCGGCGCGUGGCUGUUCCACUGCCACAAUGAGUGGCACGUCGAAAUGGGCCUGACGGCGACGAUCAUCGAGGACCCGCCGAAGCUGCGCGGUUUGACGUUCCCGCAGGACCACAUCGACGUCUGCAAGGCGAUAGGGCAGCCCUACCAGGGUAACGCGGCCGGGAAUACCCAGGACUACACCGACACGGCGGGGAUGCAGUUUGUAAACCCCCCUACAUAUACCGGGGCUCUAUACGAACCAACCACUGUCCCUAGGCCGCGUUCUCGUAUAGUCCGCACUAAGUUAUGAUUCCUGCUCGCGAUUGAUUCUCAGCAUCUAUGCGGAUUCACACCUCUUUUAUUUCUGCGCCUCGGUUCGUCCCUUUACUCCAGCCUAGGAGACCCCGUGUGUGUAUUUGGGAAGUCCAGGGGGGGGGGGGGGACGAGUUGAUCUGGGAUCGACCGGACGCGUGCAGCAUAAUCAUACCUUAUCAUGGAGGCUGCAGGCCCGAGUGCCCCGGAAGCCAAGUAUAUAGAUAUAUAAUGUCUGUGGCGAUAUCUCAUAUCCGUAUCCCUUGGCCUUGCGCCAUGGGUUGUAAAUAUGCACGUCAUGUUUAGAAGGGUAUGUAAAGAAGGACCGCGAACAAAUCAGUAGGAAUGAGUUUGCCCAACGUAUGUCGCAGUCUCCUGAGGCGUGAUAAAUGAAACCUCGCCAUACUGGGUAAGGAUGAUGAUACCCAGGUAAUUUUCCGGUGAGAAG